UGUGUCUUGUUGUUAGGAUGUCAGUUUACUUCGCGUUGUAGUUUGAAGUAUAAUGCUUUCGUCGUAGGUAAAUAACGUUGUUCUUAUUUAAAAGUGGUAUUUCAACAAACAUAAUACAGUGAAUAUGGGUGUUGGUUUACCCCCAUUAGAAUUUACGGAGUGUUUAAGUGACAGUCCAUUUUUUCGCGAAAAUCUUCAUCAACAUGAGAAGGAAUUGGAGAUCACGAGUCAACAGAUAAAAAAGCUCAUCAAAGAAGUUAAAGAUUUACUCUCCGCGGCAAAACAAUUAAGUCAAGCACAAAGAUCCUUUUCAAAAAGCCUCCAGUCAUUCACUUUUGAAUGUAUUGGGGGAACACAGACAGAUGACGAAAGAGUCAUAUCCAGAUCUCUCAGCGAAUUUGGAAAAUUAAUUAGCUCAAUUGAGGAUGAACGGGAUAGAAUGUUAAAAUCCGCGUACGAUCAGGUGGUGGCGCCAUUAGAAAAUUUCAGGAAGAAACACAUAGGUGACGUUAAGAGUGGAAAAAAGAAGUUCGAUAAGCAAACAGCUAAAUUUUGCCAAAGUCAAGAACGAUAUUUAAAUUUAACCGCAAAGAAACAAGAAGCAGUAUUACAAGAGGCCGAUGCUUCUGUAGAUAUGGCCGAACGACAUUUUUACAAUGCAAGCAUGGAAUAUGUUUGUCUUAUUCAAGAGGUACAAGAGCGUAAAAAGUUCGAAUUUGUUGAGACUUUACUCAGUUUCAUGUUUGGGUGGUUAACAUUUUACCAUCAGGGUCACGAAGUUGCUAAAGAUUUCCGGCCUUAUAUGAAAGAUCUUCAAUAUAAGUUGCAAGUGACACGAAGUAACUUUGAGGAAAACAGUAAAAAACUAAGAAAUAGACUUCAUGAAAUGCAGAAACAAUCUCUAGACGAGCCCAUAAGAAAUUCUAGAGGUCGUAAAGAGGGAUACCUCUAUCUGCUAGAGAAAAAGGCGUUUGGUAUGACAUGUACCAAACACUGGUGUACGUACAAUAAGGAAACCAAGGAAUUUACAAUGUUACCUUACAAUCAACUAACAAGUAAAAAUAUUAAAGAACAACCAGAAGUAAUGGUUCUUUCGUCUUGCGUCAGACGAAUGUCAGAUUCGAUAGAAAAAAGGUUUUGUUUCGAUUUACAAGUGGAUUCAAGGCCUGGCAUCACUUACACAUUCCAAGCUGUUUCCGAAACCGAUAGGAAAUCCUGGCUGGAUAUAAUGGAUGGAAAAGAACCUACAUACACGACACCAGGAAUAACGAAACUUCAAAAGCAAGAUUGUCAAGUCUUGGAUGAGAUUGGGAUUCAGUUUGUGAAGAAGUGUAUUGAAGAACUUGAAAACAGGGGCCUCGAAGAUGUUGGG